AUGAACUCAACAAUGAGGGGACGAUUUGCUUAUGAAGAUAUUUUAGGAGAUCAGUUUCAGUUGCGAGCGUUAAAGGGCACAACAUUUCCUCACAAUGUUAUGUCGUCGAGUAUACAAUUGUGUCAAUCUCAAGUCCGAGUGAGGGAGAUGUGCACCACCCAUACCAAUAUGGUGCGCCGUGGUGGAAAAAGUUGUGAUUUUGGCUACAGGACAACAUUUUCCAAAAAGGAAGUUAUGCAGCCUCAUGUGCUGCUGACAUAG